AUGACAGUACCAUACCGUACUUUCUCUUAUUCUUCCCCAUUCAUCUCCUUCCUACCUUCCCUCCGCUAUGCCCGCGAUUACCUCUACGCAAAAUCGUGGCUCAAUGCCACGCGGCUAAGAGCGGCCUCCCCCCGUCUCUUGCACGAAACCUCUCCGCUCGGUAGCGCUCGACGGGACCACAUGUUGGAAAAAUUCCCCUCCUUUCGAGAGCACCCCGUCUCGACAUCUCCCCCUUUGCGGCCAGUGCCAGUGCUCCCUGCUCGGCAACGGUCUGGCCGCAGUCCGUUCAAUAUGUUCUCGGAUUCUCUCCACCGAGCGAUAGCCUACAAGAAAAAGAUCCCGAUUCUAAACGAACUGCACCUCAAUUUCAUCUUUCUCCACUAUGUCUACAUCAUAUCCUGGGUUAUCAUCGGCUCGGUCAUCGUUUACCCCGGUGGCAACCUCGACUACAUCGAUGCCCUUUUCCAAUCCGCUGGCGCUGCCACCCAGAGCGGGUUGAACACGGUCAAUCUGAAUGACCUCCGGCUUUAUCAACAGAUCGUCUUAUACCUAAUGACAUGUCUGUGCACACCGAUCUUCAUCCAUGGCGCCGUGGUAUUUGUUCGGUUAUACUGGUUCGAGAAGCGCUUCCAACAUGUGGUCAGUGACGCUCGGGCGAUGCGACGGAGCCGAUCCCGCAUGGGAACCGUGACCGAUGAUGGGCGUACCCAGGAGAAUAAUAUCAAUCGUGCGGAGCUAGGAGUCAGCGGUCGACCCAUCGUGGUGGUACGGGACCAUUUAGGGGAUGCCCGAGACACUCGAGUAACGGACCCGGCUAGCAAGAAAAUCAAUUCGGGCAUGAACACACCGGAACUCCGGGGAAGCAGUGUUGAAUCCAACUCCGAAGAAACGGAUACAAGCAGCGAACCUCGUUUUGGCCUCGGGAGCUUGAAGGUGCCAACCCAUUUGAACCCCGAACACCACAUCGCCUUCUUGGAAAAGCAGCGGAAGGAUAAAGGAGCGUUGCGCAUCCCGAGUCCCCGGGAGUAUGACCGUGGUGGUGCGCCUGAGGCUUUGGAAGAAGACGUGGACCAUGAGGAGCACCCUCAGAAUUUGAGUGACCAUGACAGCCAACAUAGCCCCGGUUCAAGCUCCGAGCGGCUCGAUCGACUGGGUCCACUUGAAGAACAGCACAUCACCAUCAACGAACCAGAUAUUUCACGAUCCCGUGGUCGCGGUAGUACGUUCCCUCGUCUGGAUACUCGCCCUACUUUGCGGGAGACUAAAGAUGGGAAUGAGGUUACCACCCUUGGCGGUGCUAACGCGAGGAACACAUUCAGGCAGGUGUUCCGGUCUCUGACGCAAGAGCGUGACCAUUCCACCCAACCAUAUCUCAGUUGGAAUGCGACAGUGGCUCGUAACUCCAAUUUCGUCGAUUUAACGGAGGAGCAGCGUGAUGAGUUGGGCGGUAUCGAAUACCGUGCACUCAAGACAUUGGCCGUCCUUCUUAUCACCUACUACGUCGGCUUUCAUCUCAUCGGCAUGGUUAGCAUGAUCGGUUGGAUCAUGACAGACACCCAUUGGGGAGAUAUCGUCCGGGCUGAUGGAGUUGGGCGGCCGUGGUGGGGAAUCUUUACCGCUGCGUCGGCCUUCAACGAUUUAGGUUUCACCUUGACACCUGACUCGAUGAACUCUUUCCAAAGAGCCAUUUUCCCUCUGCUCAUGCUAGGGUUUCUAAUCAUCAUCGGCAAUACCGCCUUCCCAUGCAUGCUUCGUUUGAUGAUCUGGGUGCUUUCCAAAUUCACCCGCCAGGGCUCUGCGCUAUGGGAAGAGUUGAAGUUCCUUCUGGAUCAUCCCCGUCGAUGCUUCACUCUAUUGUUCCCCCGUAACGCCACUUGGUGGCUGUUUGGCAUUCUCGUGGCCUUGAACGGCAUUGAUCUGAUCUUCUUUGUCAUCCUGGAUCUCAACGAUUCUGCCGUCACUAUGCUGCCACCCGGAAUUCGAGUCGUGGACGGCUUUUUCCAGGCUGCUGCGACACGAACAGCCGGUUUUGGAAUCAUCAGUCUUACAGACCUUCACCCCGCCAUCCAGGUUUCCUAUUUGAUCAUGAUGUAUAUCUCAGUCUUUCCCAUCGCUAUCUCUAUGCGUCGAACCAAUGUCUACGAAGAGAAGAGUUUGGGAAUUUACGAUGCCGCAGAGGAUGAUGAUGACGAAGAGACAAAUGCCCCCACAUACAUCGGAGCUCAUUUGCGACGCCAAUUGAGUUUCGACUUGUGGUAUGUCUUUUUGGGCCUGUUUAUCAUUUCUAUUGCGGAAGGUGGAAAAUUGCAGAAGAACGACCACGCUUUCCAGCUGUUCACUGUUUUGUUUGAAGUUGUCUCGGCAUACGGUACUGUGGGUUUGUCGUUUGGAUACACCGGCGUCAAUACCUCCUUCUCGGCGCAGUUCAAUGUAGUCUCCAAGUUGGUGAUCAUUGCUAUGCAACUCCGCGGUCGCCACCGUGGCCUACCAUAUGCGCUCGACCGCGCCGUCCUUCUCCCCUCUGACGCCCUCAAUCGACGUGAGGCCGCAGACGGAGAACGCCGCAUGCGCCGUCGCGCAUCCAACUUCAGUGGAGUUGGGUCUUUCGCCCAAUCGCAAUCGCAAUCCCAGUCGAGGAACGAUCUUGGUCAUUCUUCGGGUAUGGACAGCCACGACUGGCAAACCCAGCCUACUCCCAAUGCAGACUCUGUGAUACAUCGUCCCUCGGCUGUCCAUCGUUCCUCAACUGUCCAAUCCGAUCGGUAG